GAGACUGAUCUCACAGCUGACAGUUAACUAGUCCUAGUAUAGGAGACUGAUCUCACAGCUGACAGUUAACUAAUCCUGUAGAAGACUGAUCUCACUGCCCACAGCAGCAGUCCUACGAGGUCCUAAAGAGUAUUCCAUGUCUGGACACCAGAUCUGUUAAUGACAGCUCCUGAGUGACACUGGGCCAUACUGUCACACACUUGCCAUCCUCACACUGAUUAGCUCUACACACAGUUGUGUUUGUGACAGCUAGCUCCUUACCUGAAUUAGGAGAAAUUGUUUUCUACAGGUAGUCAUUUGGUGUUUUACCUGGAUUUCAUUGUGAUCUACACUUUUACAGGUGAUCUCAGCUAUAACAAGGAUUGAUUGCUAUCUUUCAAUUAUUGCGGGAUUACGAGCUCAGCAUGUGAAAAACAAACCACUGUGAGUGAAUUUAGAAGUUUGAAUGGGAUCUGGAAUUGUGACUGCAGUGUUAAGGAGAUGUAACCUCAGAGCUCAGCUGGAAGUGUGUUAUAAAGUGAAAACCUGAUAAAAAGGUACGAUGUGUGUAUCAAGACUUCGAGUGAUUCGGUAUUGUCGCUCUCUCCAACAGCUCUUUGUUGUCAUGGUAAUUCUCGCCUGUUUCUCUACCCUGCUCACUUAUCAAAUUGGGACAUACUUACCAUGGACAGAAACAAAAGGUAUGAGAGUGGAGAACCCACGACCCCCUGAGGCAGACAUUCCCCAAAGAGUUGGUAAUAGUCCUCGCCCUCGACACCAACAGGUGGAGGAUCAUCACAACCAUAGACAUCUGUCCCAGGCCUUGAAGUCAGCACAGAUUCUCACCAAACUCUUACAGAUUGAAGACCAGUUGAUGGCCGUUUCUAAUCGACGGAAGGUUCUGGUGCUAGGGUCCAACCACAGUUUUCUCCAGGAGGCUGACACCCUCAGACGGUACUUCAAUGGAAAUGACCUUAAAAUGGUUGCCAAAAUUGAGAGACCCGGAGUUAAGUCAGACUUGGAGAAGGACAUCAGCCUAUCUAGGGAGUGGUCAAUGAUUUGGUGUCUAUCUCACAACUGUUCCUCCAAUAUACUACGUCACAUCUACCAAGUGGUGAACUGGAUACCUGCCCUUGCUAGUCAGUUGAUGUCGCCAUCCAAACUGUGUCUCGCCCAGACCUCGCUACAAAAUGUCCUGGAUGAGCCGUCCCCCUACAGUUUCUGUAUGGUGCUGUCCGACUCCAAGACGCUGAUGCAGCCCCCUAAGUACCCCAGCCAAACCCUCCAGUACGCCAUCAAACCAGCUGGGUCGAAAUUGGAUGAUGUAGAGGUCACCAGAUUGCUACAUCAGAAACAAUUACAUCUAGAGAAAAACACUGUAGUAUGGACAUCACCUCGAGGAUUUCUGUCGCUUAGCAACCAAUCCCUGGCUUUACGACUCUCCGUAUUAGUAUCGUCCUUGUCUCCACUCCGGAUAUACCUCCACCCCACAGGGUUACGUCUCGGACACCAGUCCCACCACAAGGAUUACAACACAAUACUGACGGUACGCAGGGCCAUCAUACAGGAGUAUGGUCAGAAGGCUGCCACCAGGUGGUGGCUCAAUCUACAACAGAAACUGGUGGCUCUUCUUCUCACCACAGAACUCGAAAACCAUACACACAAUGACUCAGAGGCUUGUGGAUGUCCAAGGUGUUCCCAGCUACUGGACAUUGAUGUGAUCUUUACUACAGAUUUCCAAACUAUCAUACUACAGGUGUCAUUGCCAGAGUUCACACCUAGACAUAGAGAUGUAUUAGAAGAUACAGUAGCCAUGAUGACAUCUGUUGAACGUGUUGCUAUGGAUAUUGCCACGGUACUGGACAAUGUAGGACAGGAUGUAUACCUAGCCAAUCAGGACUGUCCAGGAAGUUAUGGUGUGUGCCUUACUGACCAUGAUCUUGUCUAUCUCCUAGACAACAAACAAGAGAUCCGAGCGCCCACACAGUUUCUCAAGAUUUAUCCACAUAUAAAAUCUAGUCAGUACGCAGGUGUAAUCAACAAUCUGCGGCAAUUCUCCAUACAGUCAAGAUCUGGGUCACUGCACUCGCUCAAUGGUGUAGAACUCUCAACCAAUGACAGACAGUCAAGAUGUCACAUGACUUCUGACCUCCACUCUCUGUUGACCAGUAUGGAGAAAAGUUACCUGAAUGACAGAAGCGACCAAGGUCCAGUGUUAGAGACAAACAUUAAUCAGAGGCCAGGUGCCCCAGUACAGCCCCCACUACAGAAAGCCCCUACAGAACGAAGACCUGAGAAAAUAGAAUGUAGUAGUGAUCCAAGAGAUGCUCCUUACCUCUCCAGCAUCACAACUUUCCCAGAAAUUUCCCUCACGCCGACCUUUGACCCCAGUCAUCAAACUUAUCAUGCAGAUGUGGACUAUGAUACAUUCCUGUUAAGAAUUUCUGCCAGAGCUCGAAGUUGUAAAUAUGAGGCAAGAAUAGACACAAGUUUUAAUGCGACACAGAUGACCAACUAUACCCUGGGUGUAGGGGAGAACCUGGUCCAUGUGACGAUAGUGGACCCUGUCCAUCCCCAGGCCUGGGUGGUCAGUACCUACACCAUUACCAUCAGACGACGUACUGCAGAUUUUUACCUAAAAAAAUACUCCCACAGCAGCCAACUUCUCACCUGUACUCUCAAACAGGACUGCAGUCUUCACUACGACCCCUCACAGCCCUGUGGCUUACAGUCGGUAACAGGGAAGGGUCAACUAUGGUCAACAUUUAUAGAGAUGUCCAGACACCUGCCUCAAUGUGGCCACUUGGAAAACAAAGUGUGGUAUGUACCCUGUGAGAGUUGUGGAAGGAUGGCCAGUUGUCAUUGGAAACAGGCACGGUGGCAGACGUCCACCUGUACGACACAGUUCUUAAGUGUUCCUCAGGUAAAGAAGUGUUUAGCAGGACGAAAGCUGCUUUUCAUCGGAGACUCCACAAACCGCGGCAUUCUCCAUUACAUACUGGAGCGGGUCAACGGAUCUCUCACGCAGUGGGAUAAAACUCACAAUCUGAAAAUAUAUCGCAAUAUUAAUCACAAUUCCACGGUACUCAGCUUUGCUUACUACCCUCAGUUCUGGCUGCCAGUGGAUCACAGACCUGCCUUUGAUAAAGCUGUUUAUCAACUCAUCAGAUCGACAAUGCCAUUGGAGAACUCGUCCAACACAGUACUGGUGGUGGGAGGUGUCCACUGGCUCGGUAAACACCAUCUCUCCCUCAUACUCCAGGCCCUCAACAGAGAGAGGCUGACUGGAAUCACACUUGUGAUGAAGGGACUUGGUGCUGGGUUCCAUCAGCUCGUUAAUGGAGUUCGAUUUGCUCCAAUGGAUGAACAGCGACGACUGUUGAGCCAGGAACAGGAGACCUCUGACUUUGCCGUCCAGCAUGGGUUUGGGGUGGUACCUACUUAUAACAUGACAAUGGCUCGAUACAAGGACUUCCUUCAGGGAAAGUGUGCCUGUCAUUUCCAUAAGAUUACAGAGAAGUAUGCUGCCCCUACAGAUGACGUGCCCUCAUACCACGUGGAAGGUGACAUCAACAGGUGGUACUCAGAACUAGUCAUCAAUCAAAUGUGUCAGCACCGAUCCCCAGACUGAGUAAUCCUUACCACUCAUGGGAGUUGUCUCCCCUGUUCAUACCUAGACUGAGUACAUCCUUACCACUCACAGGAGUUGUCUCCCCUGUUCUUACCUAGACUGAGUACAUCCUUACCACACACAGGAGUUGUCUCCCCUGUUCUUACCUAGACUGAGUACAUCCUUACCACACACAGGAGUUGUCUCCCCUGUUCAUACCUAGACUGAGUACAUCCUUACCACACACAGGAGUUGUCUCCCCUGUUCUUACCUAGACUGAGUACAUCCUUACCACACACAGGAGUUGUCUCCCCUGUUCAUACCCCUAGACUGAGUACAUCCUUACCACUCACAGGAGUUGUCUCCCCUGUUCAUACCUAGACUGAGUACAUCCUUACCACACACAGGAGUUGUCUCCCCUGUUCUUACCUAGACUGAGUACAUCCUUACCACACACAGGAGUUGUCUCCCCUGUUCUUACCUAGACUGAGUACAUCCUUACCACUCACAGGAGUUGUCUGCCCUGUUCAUACCUAGACUGAGUACAUCCUUACCACACACAGGAGUUGUCUCCCCUGUUCAUCACCUAGACUGAGUACAUCCUUACCACACACAGGAGUUGUCUGCCCUGUUCAUACCUAGACUGAGUACAUCCUUACCACACACAGGAGUUGUCUCCCCUGUUCUUACCUAGACUGAGUACAUCCUUACCACACACAGGAGUUGUCUCCCCUGUUCUUACCUAGACUGAGUACAUCCUUACCACACACAGGAGUUGUCUCCCCUGUUCUUACCUAGACUGAGUACAUCCUUACCACACACAGGAGUUGUCUCCCCUGUUCUUACCUAGACUGAGUACAUCCUUACCACACACAGGAGUUGUCUGCCCUGUUCUUUACCUAGACUGAGUACAUCCUUACCACACACAGGAGUUGUCUCCCCUGUUCUUACCUAGACUGAGUACAUCCUUACCACUCACAGGAGUUGUCUGCCCUGUUCAUACCUAGACUGAGUACAUCCUUACCACACACAGGAGUUGUCUCCCCUGUUCUCACCUAGACUGAG